AAUGCUUCGGAACACGCUAACAGGAAACAAAUCCAAGCUGAUAAGGGCACAGAGACAAAAUAAGUUAGAAUCUAUAAGGCUGGAUCAGUCUCUUAUUCAAAUUGAGAAGGAGAAAGUGAAGGCAAUUCAGACUGUUAAUCGAAAUAUUAGAAUGCUAAAUGUAACUUUGGAGUACAUAAGGAUAUCCACGGGUCGUAGUCCCCAUGGCCUCUGUCCAGAGCUUAUUAUAGCGGAUUCUGAAAAAGAAAUUGAGCCAGUUUUCGUCUAUGGUGAAAGAAAAUUGAGUAGAAGAUUCGGAAAAAAUCGACCUCAUACUACACACAGGAUAACAUUGAGACCUAGAUCAGCAGACGGACGAGAGAGGACUCGGCCAAAAACGUCACCCGCUAAUCGCACGGAUAUUUAA